GAACAUCCUGAUUAUUGUACUCUUGUUUCCUUCGCCACACAAGUACUCAUAGGGAACACAUUCCUCUAUUGGGAGACAGUUUCAAAGACAUGUCUUGCAGCUCUCACUGAAGCCAAGCCAACAUUCAGGGAAAUGAAGUCCUUUGCAACCAGCAUCUAUCACACCUAUGUUUCAUCAAGUGCUCUCCAUCAAAUCUUGGUAGUUGACCCAGAGAAUGAAGACAGUAUUCUUCGCAACAUCAUCCUCCUCAACUGUGACCUCCUUAUCUUCUAUGAGCUUGAUCUCACCAUCUUGUCAGGUGAUUUUGGCUGA